CUCCGCCGCCUCCCUUGGCUGCUGGCGGCCUCCCCUCGCCCGGUCUCCUGCUCCGGGGCCCCCGCGCAGGCCGAGAGCCCGCGUGCCUAGGAGCAGGGGCGGCCGCGCACUCGCCGGAUACGCACUGCGGCCGGACGGAUCCCGGCGGGUGACCCCCGCGCGCCCUGGUCCCCGCGCCGCCGCGCUCCCCUCCCCCCACGCCGGUGUCCCCGGGCUCAGGGCCGCGCGGCCAGCGCCGACGCGCCGGGGGUCCCCGAGGCGGGGCCGGCCCGGCCGGGGCGCGACGAUGGAGGAGCCGCAGCGCGCCCGCUCGCACACCGUCACCACCACCGCCAGCUCCUUCGCGGAGAACUUCUCCACCACCAGCAGCAGCUUCGCCUACGACCGCGAGUUCCUCCGCACCCUGCCCGGACUCCUCAUCGUGGCGGAGAUCGUUCUGGGACUGCUGGUAUGGACACUGAUCGCUGGAACUGAGUACUUCCGGGUCCCUGCGUUUGGCUGGGUCAUGUUUGUAGCUGUGUUUUACUGGGUCCUCACCGUCUUCUUCCUCAUCAUCUACAUAACGAUGACCUACACCAGGAUCCCCCAGGUGCCCUGGACCACGGUGGGUCUGUGCUUUAAUGGCAGUGCCUUCGUCUUAUACCUCUCUGCCGCUAUUGUGGAUGCGUCUUCUGUCUCCCCGGAGAGGGACAGUCACAACUUCAACAGCUGGGCAGCCUCGUCGGAUGCCUGGGAAGAUAGACACCAGCAGAGGUUCCUUCCAGGGACUGUGAUGGGCCAUGAGGAGUGUGGGAUGAGGGGCUUCUACUUUUUAAUUUAUGUGCUUCUGUACUGUUUGCAUUUUUAAACCUUCUUCGCCUUCCUGGUCACCAUCUGCUACGCUGGAAACACGUAUUUCAGUUUUAUAGCUUGGAGAUCCAGGACCAUACAGUGAUUCGCCAUUUUGAGAAUUAAAAG